AUGCAAUAUCGUUAAUUACAUGCAAUGGUGUAUAUAUAUGGAGAUUUGAAAACUUUAUGGAGUCUUUGAAAUCAAUGAGAGAAAAACCAUUACAAACACAAUACUACACUCCAGGAUUCUAUACAUCUUCUGCUGGAUACAAGUAAUUAAUUCAAAUACAAAAUACCUGAUGUUUAAAAUAUUUAUUUUCAAUUUUAGAGUAUGUGGUCGAAUAAAUAUGUCAACAGACAAUCGUAAUCUUUCUCUAUUUAUUCACAUGAUGCGUGGUGAUUAUGAUGAUACUUUAACUUGGCCAUUUUCUGGUCAUAUUACACUAUCAUUAAUCCAUCCAACAAAUCCCAUGCAGAACAUUUGUUUGAAAAUGCAAUCAUCAGCUGAAUCUGAAGCAUUCAGAAGGUGUUCUUUCGGAAAUAUUGGUAAUGAGGUUCUUUCUUUAAAUCCAAGAGCUUUUGGCUAUACCGAAUUUGUGGCCAUUGAUGAAGUUCUUCAAAAUGGAUUUAUUAAAAAUGACUCAAUUGUGAUUAAAAUAAUUGUUGAAUGUAAUAACUUUUGAUCUCUAAAGUAAAAUAAUGUUGUAACAGGCUUAUAAAAGUAUUAUACGUAACUAUAUC